UGUGUGUCUGCUGUGACGGAGGCAGGCUGAAGGUGGAGCAGCCUCAGGACGUGGUCACCGGGAACCCCACCGUCAUCAAGAUGCUGGUGAACUUCUACCGUUCGGCCCGUGGGCAAAGCGCCCUGAAGGAGACUCUGGGCCCCGCGCUGCACGACCUGCUGCAGGAGCCGGCCCCCAGCAUCAGGACCGACCCUGUGGACGUCUAUAAGACCUGGAUCAACCAGACGGAGAGCAACACGGGGACCAGGAGCUCUCUGCCGUACGAGGUCUCUGCUGCCGACGCUCUGCUGCACCCGGAGGUUCAGAGACGCAUCGACAUCGCCAUCAUCAACUUAAAGAACCUGACGGAGCGCGUGUUCAAGGCCAUCACCUCCAACCUGCACAAACUGCCGUAUGGUCUGCGCUACACAGCGAAGGUUCUGAGAGACUCUCUGCAGGAGAAGUUUCCUGAAGCCAGCGAGGACGAGCUGUACAAGAUCGUGGGGAACCUGGUCUACUAUCGAUACAUGAACCCAGCCAUCGUGGCUCCGGACGGCUUCGAGGUGUUGCAGCGCAGUGCGGGGAGCAGCCUGCAGCCCGAACAGCGCCACCUGCUGGGCUGCAUCGCCCGCAUGCUGCAGCACGCCGCCGCCAACAAGCUGUUCCCCGGGGAGGGAGACCACCUGCAGACCCUGAACCGGUUCAUCAGCCAAACCCACCUCAAGUUCAGGAAGUUUCUGCAUGGUGUGUGUGACGUCCCUGAACCCGAGGACAGGUUCAACAUGGAUGAGUUCUCUGAGCUGCUCAUCGUCAACAAACCCGUUGUUUACAUCUCCGUCAGUGAGCUGCGCAACACACACCAG